AUAUCUAAUUUGCUCCCAAACAGAUUGUCCUGCCCUUCAAUUACUCUUUUUGUUCUUAGAAGAAAAUAAAGAUAACUCUGCAUAAACUAAUCAUGGCUUUACCUUCUUCAUUUGCUACUACUACUAAAUCUUCAGUUUUUUCAAAGCUUCAGAAGACUUCUUUCUUCCAACACAAUCAACUACAAAGAGCAAAUGUUGUUACUGUGGUAAAGUGUGAAUCAAAAGACUCAUCAGAAGAUAACAUAGAACUGCAAGCAAAGGGUCCAAAGCUAGAGAUAGGUUCACCUAUUAUUUUUACAGAGGCUCCUAAAAUGAUUAAGACUGCUGCUUCUGUUCCAUGUCUUAGGGUUAAUUCUGGUUUGGUCAAGCCUGGUGAUGUUGGAAGAAUCGUGUCAAGAAAACCCAAAGAUGUGUGGGCAGUGCGGCUUAGCAUUGGAACCUUCCUCAUAGAUGGGAAAUACUUCAAACCCUUGGACCUGGCUGAGUAUAGUUGAUUUAUGAUUCAUAAUUUUACAAAUUUGGUAGGUUUACUUUUUAAUUUUAUUUUUUAUAUCCUGUGCUACAUUGUGUAACUGAACUAUUUUCCUCUAUGUUAUUUUAUCUAAAAAUUAUAUGGAAUUAAUUUGUAUGUACGGUUGAUAAAUGUAAAUAUAUUUUUAGGUGAA